UAUACAGUUAGGACCACCUUUUAUUAGCUAUAGUUUCACCAGAUUAAGUUGGGACUUCAUAAAGGACGAGCAAGGUGUCUCUGUGUUUGUCUGCCAUGCUUCACUGGCUAUGCUUAGUGGAUGCUUUACUAAAAUCCAUUUAAUGGUGAAGCAAUAAUAGAGUUUCUUCCAUCUUUAUCUUCUCUCAAUAUAAACAAGAAAUCUGUGAAAUUAUUGAAAACCCAAGAAGUAAAUUAAAAAAAAAAAAAUGGCGGAAGAGAGUAGGGAGAGGCUGCUAAAGAAGGUGGUUUACUAUGAGAAUUGCCCAGGUUGUAAGGUGGAUCAGUACAAAGAGACACAACGUGGUUUACCAAUUCGAGACCUUCUCUUCAUUGGGAUUGUUGUGUUGUGUAAUGUGCUGCCAAUAUCAUCUCUGUUUCCAUUUCUUUAUUACAUGAUUAGAGAUUUUCAUAUUGCAGAAAGGGAGGAAGAUAUUAGCUUCUAUGGUGGUUUUGUAGGGUGUUCGUUCAUGGUUGGCAGAGCUUUGACUUCUAUUUUCUGGGGAGUAGUGGCUGAUCGCUAUGGUCGAAAACCUGUCAUAAUGAUCGGGACUAUUGUCGUGGUUGUUUUCAACACUCUGUUUGGCCUUAGUGUAAACUUUUGGAUGGCCAUUGUUACAAGGUUUCUUCUAGGAAGCUUGAAUGGUUUACUUGGACCAAUAAAGGCAUAUGCAAGUGAAAUAUUCCGGGAAGAGUACCAAGCUCUGGGCCUUGCAACUGUUAGUACAGCAUGGGGCAUAGGGUUGAUAAUUGGCCCAGCUAUUGGGGGCUACUUGGCUCAGCCUGCAGAGAAGUUUCCAAAUCUCUUUUCAAAAAAUUCAUUGUUUGGAAGGUUCCCAUACUUCUUGCCUUGCUUAUGUAUAUCACUUAUGGCAUUGGGAGUAACUAUUGUUACCAUAUGGCUUCCGGAAACAUUACACAAGCACCAUGAAAAUAGCAGACCAAGUGCUGAUUCUGAGGAAACAUUGGAUGCAUAUUAUGUUUCUGAUACAAAGAAAACAAACCAAAAAGCUGAAGCAGAGAAAACUUCUAAGAAAAGCCUCCUUAGGAAUUGGCCCUUAAUGUCUGCAAUCAUUGUUUAUUGUUUUUUCUCACUCCAUGACAUGGCAUAUUCAGAGAUUUUCUCUUUAUGGGCCACAAGUCCUCGAAAACUUGGGGGGUUAAGUUAUACAACCGACCAGGUUGGUGAAGUUCUUGCAGUCAGUGGUUUUAGUCUUCUUAUCUUCCAAAGUUUUCUAUAUCCACCCGUAGAAAAGGCCAUUGGUGCCAUAGCAACUGCUCGCAUUGCAGGGGUUUUAUCUAUACCUUUGUUGACAAGUUACCCCUAUAUUGCAUUGUUGUCGGGAUUCACUCUUACCUGGGUGCUAAAUUUGGCAUCUCUAGUAAAGAACGUCUUAUCUACCUCCAUUAUAACGGGCUUAUUCCUCCUGCAAAACAGAGCUGUGGAACAAGACCAAAGAGGUGCUGCUAAUGGUAUUUCGAUGACUAUGAUGUCUGUGUUCAAAGCAAUUGGCCCAGCUGCAGGCGGUGCAAUUUUGUCAUGGGCACAAAAGCGUCAACAUGCUUCUUUUCUCCCAGGCGACCACCUAGUUUUCUUCAUCCUGAAUGUAAUCGAAGCACUUGGAGUGCUGAUGACAUUUAAACCGUUUCUUGCAGCAAAAUAAUGUCCAUCAAGAUAUAUCUAAGCUUCUUGAGAAUAAUUAUAAUAUAUAUAUAUAUAUAUAUAUUAUUUAAUGUCAUCAAGAAUUUACCGUUUCCAAUCUCCUUGGAGGCCUAUCUUUUUGUGCUGCAUUCUUAUUUACCAUUUCCCCCCUUUUUUUUUAAAUUUUUUAAAUCACCAUGAUAUAAAAAUUUGAAGUGUGUUGUCGUGUUCAGCAAUAUAUUAUUGAAUCCUUGUUUUUGGACUGUACUGUCUCACAAAUUUUUAAUGGAAAAAUUUUGUUCAUUUAUCUGUUGC